AUGGAGAUUGCUGCUCGAGUACGUCAUCCUAAUCUCCUUCAGUUCAUAGGAGCCACUAAAGUGGGUACUCCUAUCAUCCUCUCAGAACUAAUGCCAACUAGUCUUCGCAAAGAGCUAGAAACUGGUCCUCUACCCUAUCAUGCUGUUUUAGCUAUCAGUCAAGAUAUAGCCUGUGGUCUCAACUAUCUCCACCUCUUUAAACCAGACCCAAUACUACAUAGAGAUGUCAGCACUGCUAAUGUCCUUCUUACUGCAUUGUCAAUGGGUGGAGAGCCAAGGCGAUUAAGAGAUGCUUGUGUUGAAGCUGAACAAAGAACAACAAAGAGCAAGAGAGCAGAUACUUGUAAUUACCAGACAGAUACAUUCAGUUCUGCCUACUCCAGUGUCCUUGAUAGUACUGGAUCUAGUUCAGCUGUAGAAUUAGAGAGAGCAAAAAUAAAGAUCAGAAAAUUGGAAAAAGAGGUAACUGUUUUAGAACAGCAACUACAAGAGAAAACAAAACUAUCAGAAACUCACGUUGAGGACCUGACACAACUGAGGUCCUUACUAGCACAAGAGAAAGCCACUCAUGCUAUCAGUUCCCAUCAAUCACAAGAGAAGGCAGCUAGUUUUCUGUCAUUGUCGACGUAUAUUCAUCGUGACUUGAAACCACAAAAUCUCUUAAUUGAUGCGUCUAUUAAACUGGCUGACUUUGGACUGGACUCUCUCUGGUACACACACACACAUACACUGACCCAUUUUUAAAUUCCACAGGUAGUAACACUGUGGUACAGGGCCCCUGAAGUCUUACUUGGUUCAGCACGAUAUUCUUGUCCCAUUGAUGUAUGGAGUAUAGCUUGUAUAUUUGCUGAAAUGUCUAAUAAAAAACCUCUGUUUCAAGGAGACUCUGAAAUUGAUCAACUCUUCCGAAUUUUCAGGAUUUUGGGUACACCUAAUGAUACAACAUGGCCUAAUGUAACUGAACUACCAAAUUUUAAACCAAAUUUCCCUAAAUGGAUUGGAAAGACAAUAAAAGAAGUUUGUCCUCGACUUGAUGCAGCAGGUUGUGACCUGUUAAUGCAAAUGUUGGUUUAUAAUCCUGGGAAGAGAAUGUCAGCAAAGACUGCUAUGCAACAUCCUUAUUUCAGUGAUUUAGACAAGUCAGGUCUACCUGAUACAGUCAAUGGAUAA